AUGGGUUCACCAUCACGGAUCGAGGACAUGUUGGCGGCGGCUUUGCUUGGUCACUGUAUUUUGACUCUCUGCUCUCUUUACUCCCCAGAGACCAGCCAGCCUGUCGACCCCUUCAGUUAUGACUACGAUACAUUGCGCUUGGUGGGGAUGAUCUUGGCCAGCAUCCUGUUUGUGCUGGGAAUCUUGAUAGCACUGAGUAAAAAAUUCAAAUGCAAUAAAUCGGACCCUGGACUGUCAGAUCCCAGGGCGACAGGGAAAACUACCACUCCAGCUGGCACCGUGUAGGCACCGUCCUGAAGAUGUCCUGCUCCCGAGUGGCUGGCGAUGAACCGCGCCCGGGACCUUUCUCCAGAGACCUUGGCACUGACUGCCCGGGUGGGGGAGGGUCUCUCCUGUCUAAACUCAAGGAGGGAGGGGCACUUUUAUAACCAGUUAGCUCUUGCGCUUCCAUUGCAUGAUGGGAGCAGGCCACCCGGGUAGGGUUGGGGCAUGGCACAGGCCACGGGGUGAUGCAGCCCAUCUGCCAGUCAGUGUCAGCUGAUCCCCGACUCUACUGGGGGCUGGUCCUUAUAAAUACCCCCCCUCUCCUACACAGGGUCCCAUUAAAAUGCAAUAAUGCUGCCUGCUGCUGCUGCUGCUCUCUGGGAAAACGAAUCACCAAAAUGCUUCCUCGCCGCUGGGCAUAAUAUAAACCUCCAUUGCUAUUGCUGCUGCUGCUGCUGCUUUGCUGUCUGAGCCUCUUGCUGUGCUGUGAACGCCAUUAGCCACAAAGUGAAGUGGCAUAGUCCAAAGAGCCCCACCCCCCCUUGCCUUGUGGGAAACUAGCCCUUUCUUGGAGUGUGGGGGAGGGCACUGUAACGUAUUCCAUCCCUUCUAAUGGAUCGGACUCCUAGAACUAGGAUAUAAUAUUACCGCUGACCACUAGAGGGCGGCAAAGUGAAGAGUUUUUUUUUCUAUAGCUUGUUGCUGCCAUCUAGUGGUACAGUAAGGGUUUGCAGGCCUGAUCUAGUACCGUAGUCGGAGUGAUGGGCAAGCAAGCUAGGGAAGAAUUGUUAGAAAGGGAAGGGUUGCUUUCUUGUCAUACGGUCCUCUUCUGCCAAGGGACGCUGACCCCCAGCUUCUCCAUGCAGUACCAUCCACAUCUCCAUGUCGCACAUGGAGAAAAAAAUUGACCAAUCAAUAAAAAUCAUGGCGGUUUUUUUUUU